AAAAAAACUCAAGCGCUUCGAGGAUGGGCUGCGAAGUCUCUUCUUGGCUCCGCGCGCGCGCGCCCAUGGCCACGUCGAUCACAAGCUCGGGCACGCCGAAGCGCGGCCCCUUCUUCCUUUCAUCCUUCAAGCUCACCAUCUCUUGCUGCACCUCUGGUCCCACAGAUUCUCCUCCAUCGUCGUCUUCCUUAUCUUCCCGCUCCUACAGCCGUCGAUGGUACAACGCCCUUAGACGUAGGCCGUUGGAUCACGAUCCGGAGAUUGUCCGCCACUGGGUCGAAGCUGAUCAGCCACUUGCAUCCCCAGAGAGAUUUACGGUUGUGUCUUAUAACAUAUUGGGGGACAGAAAUGCUUCAAAGCACAGAGAUCUCUACGUAAAUGUUCCUUCUUCUUACAUGAAAUGGGAGCGGCGUAAAGGGGUCAUAUGCAAAGAACUCAUGGGGUGGAACCCUGAUAUAAUCUGUUUGCAAGAAGUGGACAAAUAUUAUGAUCUAUCAGACAAUUUGGUGAAAGCGGGUUAUGUUGGGUCUUAUAAGAGACGCACUGGAGAUACUGUUGAUGGCUGUGCCAUGUUUUGGAAAGCCAAUGAGUUGCAGUUAUUAGAGGCAGAGAGUAUUGAAUUUAAGGUGUAUGGUCUUCAUGAUAAUGUUGCUCAACUUUCUGUUUUUGAGAUGCGUAAAGAUGAAUCAAGAAGACUACUUAUUGGUAACAUCCAUGUGCUUUAUAACCCAAGCCGUGGGGAUGUUAAAUUAGGUCAGAUACGCUUUCUCUUGUCAAGGGCUCAAAGCCUCUCAGCAAAAUGGGGUAAUGCCCCUGUUGUGCUUGCCGGUGAUUUCAAUGGCACUCCUCAGAGUGCAAUAUACAAGUUCCUGUCAUCCUCCAAGCUAAAUAUCUUAUCAUAUGAUAGAAGAGACUUAUCUGGGCAGAGAAGUUGUCAUCCUGCUCAAGUUCUGGGUGUCAAGAAAGAAAUGAAGAGUCCAUUUAUCUUGAUGAACAGAUUAUUUGAAAAUUGCUGGACGGAUGAAGAGGUAAAAGUUGCUACUGGAAAUGCUGGGUGCCAUUUACUUGUGCAUCAACUGAAGCUUGCCAGUGCCUACGCCACAGUGAAGGGCUCUACAAAAACACGGGGGCCUGAUGGUGAACCUUUAGCUACAUCCUACCACUCGAAGUUUCUUGGAACUGUUGACUAUUUAUGGUACUCUGAUGGUCUUGUACCUACGAGAGUUCUAGAUACCAUUCCAUUUGAUAUUCUACACAGUACAGGUGGUCUCCCAUGCAAGAAAGUGGGUAGCGAUCACUUGGCCUUGGUUUCUCAGUUUGCAUUCACACAAAGAACAAAAGAAGACAUCACUCAUACUUCUACAGCAACAGAGAUACCUGCCCCAGAAUCUGGAGACAAAAAUGAUUAGUUGGAGCGUACUCGAGUCGAGUAUUGAAUGUUUAAGUUUUGUUUAUUUAAUUUAAUUUCAAACACGAGCCGAGCUCGAAUUUAUUAUUGAACUAGAUAACUUAUUCAAACUUGUCUCAUUUAUUUUUCGAGUAAACUUGAACUCGU